GAAUGGAGAAAGGGGAGGAGGCCGUGGAGACGGUGCGGAUCACCUCCCAGCUGCUGAAGGCCAAGACGGGCGAGUUCGACCUGGAGUCCAUCCUGCUGCUGAAGCUGCCGGGGCUGGGCCUCUCCGACCUGGGCUGCCUGGGGGAGUGCUCGAGCCUGGAGUGGCUGGACCUCUCGGGCAAUGCCAUCGCCCACCUGGGCCCGCUCUCCGCCCUGAAGGCCCUGGCCGUCCUCAACAUCUCCUCCAACCGCGUGGCCAGCCUGGAGCCCCUGGCCGGCUGCGAGAACCUGCAGAGCCUCAACGCGGCCGGCAACCUGGUGAGCAGCCUGCAGCAGCUGCAGUGCCUGUUGGGGCUGCGGGGCCUGGAGAACCUGCGGCUCAGCAGCCCGAGGGCGGGGGGCCUCAGCAACCCUGUCUGCGCCACCCCCGGCUACCGCCACGCCAUGGCUGAGAUGUUCCCCGGCCUCAAGGUGAUUGACGGGGAGAGGGUCUCCGGGCGGGGCAGCGAGCUCUACCAGUUGUGCAAGGACCUGGACAGCUCCCUCAAGCGCUUCCCCAGCGGCGGCAGCGGGGUGGGCAUCGCGGAGCUCGGUGGCUCGGCCAAGCCGUGGGUGGCAGAGGGCUACUGGGACCUGCGCCCCACCCGCCGGAGCUCCAUUGUGGAAGAGGCCUACAAGCAGUUCAGCGAGGUACUGCAGGAGUGCCGGGAGCUGAGCAAGCGAGCCGAGGACACCAUCGCCCAGGCUGAGCGCGCUCUGAACCUCCGCCCGGACCCAAGCUCCUACGUCUUCUGAGCAGACCC